AAAGGAGUGGUGCCUCUUCAGAGAUGCUCAUAGCGCAGAGUAACUACAGCAUCUGGGUGAGACUCGCGCAGGGAGGAGAACUGAGAAUAUCAACUCUUGCCUCGCUAAAAAGAACCCUGCGUUUGAAUAAUUUAUCCGAAAACAAACAUAUUAAAUAAUUGAAGGACUCACAUUAUCACAUACAGCAGCUAUUUGCUGUCAAGGAGAUACACCGAGUAGACCAAGAGAACGGAUUAGUGAGCAGGGUUGUUGGGUAACGAAAGGUUUGUACGGCGCUGGAAUAACCCGAAGCCGCAACGGUUUCAGCACCUUGGACAAAGCACGCUAUAACGAGCAGGAACAUGGCUCCAAUGGUCGCGGAAGAAACGCAGUUUGCGGAAGUGCCUGUGAGUGUUGCUGUGGUGAGUGUGUUCGGCCUCAUCUCGUGCGUCUCCAUCUUUGCCUGGAUUUGCUGCCAGCGUAAAAACACCAAGUCCCAGAAGACACAGCCCUACAAGUUUGUUCACAUGCUCAAAGGAGUGGACAUCUACCCGGAGAGCCUCAGUGGCAAAAAGAAGUUUGCCGCCACAGCAAACGAAAACAAAACGGACGUGAACGGAAACAGCAAUAGUAAACAACCGACACAACAACAAGCAGCCUUGAGCCCGACCAGCGGCAGAACGUCUCUCCACCUGGACCUGGAGAAACAACGAGACCUGAACGGCAACUUCACCACCACCAAACCCCUACACCCCAGUGCUCAUAGUCACACCAAGGUCCGUAGCUCCCCAGAUCUGGAAGUUCCCUCCCCUUAUCCAGGGUUUACUCAACCUGGGGUUAAAGACCAGGCCCUUGCAUCCCCCUCUACGACCACCAGUGGUAGCCUCUCAAGCCAGGCCGCCACCCCCACCAUGGGAACUGCAGACCAGGACAAACCCCAGGACGAGGGCAUUGAUGUGGGCCUUGGUACCCUUCAUUUCUCCCUAGAGUACAACUCUGAGAAAAAGGCGUUUGUGGUUCACAUCAAGGAGGCCCAUGGGCUGACCCCGACUGACGAGCAGUCCCUGACUUCUGACCCUUACAUCAAGCUUACCCUGCUGCCCGAGAAGAAGCACCGGGUCAAGACUCGCGUGUUGAGGAAAACUCUGGACCCAGCGUUUGAUGAGACCUUCAGCUUCUAUGGGAUCCCCUUGGUCCGCGUGCAGGAGUUGUCUCUCCAUUUCAUGGUGCUCAGUUUUGAUCGGUUCUCCCGCGAUGAGGUCAUCGGGGAGACUCUCGUCCCAUUGGCUGGGAUCAACCUGACAGAGGGCCGUGUCCUCAUGAGCCGUGAGAUCAUCAAGAAGAAUGUCAAGAGAAGUGCUGGGCGCGGGGAGCUGCUGCUGUCUCUUUGUUACCAGUCAACAACCAGCACUUUGACAGUGGUGGUAUUGAAGGCUCGCCACCUGCCCAAGAACGAUAACCACGGGCCGUCUGACCCAUAUGUGAAAAUCAACCUCUUCCAAGGGAAAAAGCGUGUCAGUAAGAAGAAGACCCAUGUGAAGAAGUGUUCCCCCAACCCUGUGUUCAACGAGCUGUUUGUGUUCGAUGUUGCCUCCCAGGAGGGGCUGAGGGAGACCAGCGUCGAGCUCCUGCUCAUGGACUCUGAAUCUCCUCCAACAAGGGCAGGGGACACCUCCCGGUCCUCCAAGCCCAUUCUCGGACGCCUGGUCCUGGGUAUGGCUGCUCCCGGCACCUCCGGUGAGCACUGGAGGGAGAUAUGUGACCACCCGCGCCGACAGAUUGCCAAGUGGCACGCCCUGUCUGAGGACUAGGCGUUUCAGUCAAGGCUUCUCUGCCUCGAUUCUUAGCUGUGGUUGCUUAGCUAUGUGGGGGGAAGGAGGGGUUGUGACUGCUGUGGGCGUUGCCUAGCAACCGGCAGUUUUUAACUGACCAACGCCCAUGGACCUGUUGUUAAUUUCAUGAGGGGGUAAGGUUUGGGGUUUAUUCUAAUUGAUGUCAUUAGUCAAUCAAACAAAUCAGCCAUUUGGUCAGUGUAUCGAUCAUUGAAGUUUUUGGGGUUCAGUGACUAAGGAACCCAAUGGUCUAUUAUUCCAAAGACUGUCAUCACGACAACGGCCCUCCAAUAACACAGCUCUCAAUCUCCAUGGCAACAACAGCCGGUUGUCAUGGCAACCGUGUGCAGUGCAGAACAUCCUAGUAUCUGUCGCUAUUGCUCUUCUACCAUUACUAUGAAUAUUACUCCGUUGUAUGAUGAAUAAAAAUAACAAACUGUUAAUAUUAAUACUACUUAUGCAUAAAGAUGUUGAUUUCCAAACUUUAUUUUAUAAAGAUGCUAUCUUUUAUUUAUUUAUUUAUGUUUUAUUUGUUUAUUUUAUUUUUUGUAUUCUUCUGGUUAAGUUCCUGAGUAUGUUUUUUAAGUAAAAGUGGUAUUUCAUAUCAUUGCAUCCCAGAGGAGUGAGAAAAGCCUAAAUUAGGUGACAGAAGAAAUUAAGCUUGCAUAAAGGACAUUAUGUGUGUGGGUGUGUGAGAGUGGGAGUAUAUGUGUCUGUGUGUAUUUAGGUCAGAGGGAAUGAGAGGCAGUGCGUAUUCUUUACUGUGAGCACAAAGACAGUCUCAAAUGUAUGUGUACCUUACUAUAAAACAUGGCAAGUGCUGAAAAAA